CUGCUAUGUUUUAUUCACACGAUAUCUUGACACGGAAGUCAAACGGCUUAAGCACAGCUUGGCUCGUUGCGACUCUUGGGGCAAAGUCGUCCUUGAAACGCGUUUACAAGAAGGACAUUCUCGGCGUAUCGAUUCCCGAUGCUUGCGAUGUGGUGAUGCAUCCGCCGCAGCCCUUGGCUCUUCGUCUCAGCGCGAGCUUGCUGUACGGGCUCAUCCAUAUUUAUGCUCAAAAGUCUGGGUUUCUCUUUGAUGACGUUUCGACGGCCUAUACCAAGAUCACACGCGCGAUUCUAGACGUCCACCAAAACGAAGCUCGUCUGGCGAACGACCUACAUCAUACGAAAGCGAGUCGACCUGAUCAGUUGGUAUUACAGGACGACCCUGCGUUUUCCAUUGAUUUUGGAUUUCUUGGAAAUGAUUUUCUAGCAGCCUCUCAAGAUACUUUCCCGGAAGAUCUGGGAAUCACUCAGGAUUAUAACCACCAAGCCGACAGAAACUUCAUUGGGGCAUAUAACAUAGAUCCCUCAUCCGACCUGCCCGACGACGCUUCCUUUUCUUCAAACCCUACGUCGGCCUACAUGUCCCAAUCUGGUGUUCUCUCCUCCGACCCUUUCGAGAUGCCCGGGUUUGAUGACGAUCUCGGCCAAGUAUCGUUUGAGUUCUCACAUAACGGGAAUGUCAUAGAUUUUGACUAUGACGACAACGGCAUCGGUGGUGGCGGCAGUGGAGCAGGUGGAGCAGCGCAGAGCAGCGGGCAGCGAGCGUAUAGGGAGAUGGUGUUUAACGAUGACGAUUCCUUUGAUCAUGUUCAACCUAUCGAUCCGAAGCUCGCGAGUAUCGUGUUUGAUUACGACGCUAACAUGUAUCCGACGAUUCCAGAGAUAGACGAUAGUAUUCCGCUAGUCUUAUCAUCCACACCUGCUAUCGACAAUGUUGACGAAGAUCCUGCCAUAAAAUCAAAAUACCCAAAGAAACGGAAAGCGCCGUCUUUGCCUACAGUUGAUGAGGUUACCGAGCUCUCAAAUGAUAUACUGCGCAGCUCGCGAGACGAGUAUACGCACCUAAUGGCGACUGAGACUGAGUCUGCGAGAGCAAAAAGAGUCAGGCGCUACGUGAUGAAGAAUUCAGCUCCAUAUUUUGUAUUUGGAGGGGAUUUGAUUGGCGAUCUGUACUCUGACAUCAGCCUCGCUUAUCCGUCAGUACUUCCGGGAGGGAAAAGUCUGUCGCCUCCGUCUGUGGCCGAUGGAGAUAUUGAUACUGAUUUCGACGACAAUGAUUACGAAAAUGCACUCGGAGAUGUUCCGCAAGGGGGGAAUAUCAACAGUCUUCCGAUCGACUUUGACGGUGAUGUUGAGGACCCAAGACAAUUGUCCACCGAACUGCCGUACAUGCAGUCCUCCUCGCUCCUGCCCUGGAAUAUCUCGGUGAACAGUAACAAUAACAACUCGAUGAUCUCAACUGCAUCUGCCUCGCAUCAGCACAGCUUAGCGCUCCACUCAUCGACCGAUAAUCUUUUCUUCACGAAUCGGCAAAGAAGAAGCUCUAGUAGCGGACUUCUCAGGAAUAGCGGUGGCCAACGCAAACGAUCGACUCUUAUUCCGUCAGAUCUGGAUAGCCAUGCGGAAGAUGCUGAGUAUUUUUCAGACUCUGAUGGUAUUACCUUGCGUUUCUUUUUGAUAAUCUUGAGUCACUCCCUCCUACAGAACAUCUACUCCGUCUCGAAGAUCGUAAUUUCUACGAGAGUCAAAAGUCUCGAGUUCUCCGCCAUACUUUCGCAGCAGGAGAACUCUCAAUCGGUGGCUUCUCAAGGAUUUCUCCAUGUACUGACCUUAGCCAGCGUAGGCGCCUUAUCGGCGGAGCAAUCUGGCCCCGGCUCUGUAACUGUAUCGGUUGCAGAUUUGCUGGAUUCUCUUGAUCUGUCGCCUGUUACUUGUUUGCUUAACCUCUGA